AUGAGCGGAGGUUCAUGUGCUGUGUCAAACAAUUGGCGACGGUUGCAGGCACAUGAUCAUAGAGCGCUGGUGAAAGGUUGCUUGUGUCUCGAGCCAACAAUAUGGAUACGCGUCUCGGGAGACUCAGAUCUUCCAUUACGCUUCAGAUUGUCUGCAUAUCCCACUCUUCUCACAGAUUCAGGCGGUGAAGCUGUAAAUAGGCAAAUUACUCAUGACAUUAACUCCUACAACUUUAGAAUAGCCAUUUUGUUUAAUACAGCAAGCAUAUCGUGCAAACUAGCGUCAGUUUUGUCACAGGAUCGCCGACCACCACAGUUGACUACACCAGGUACCAAUGUUAUUGACGGUGGAAUCAUUGACUACGGUAGUAACGAAAACACGCCCAUGUUCUACACUUCGCUCGAUGACCCGCGCAGCUUUCAAUAUUGUUGUCCCAAGGUUGGAUUUAAGGGAUUUGGCCUACCAGCUGAUACACACGACAAAACUGUUCCAUUUGUGUACGAAAGUAAAGAGUACACCCUGAAGCAUGGGUCAGUAGUGAUUGCUGCCAUUACAUCAUGCACCAACACCAGCAACCCAUCUGUAAUGCUAGGGGCUGGUUUGCUAGCAAAAAAGGCUGUGGAGGCUGGAUUGGUUGUUGCUCCAUACAUCAAGACAUCGUUAUCACCUGGAUCUGGAGUAGUGACCCACUACCUGCAGCAUUCAGGUGUCACUCCAUUCCUUGCAAAACUUGGCUUUGAUAUUGUUGGAUACGGGUGCAUGACCUGCAUUGGAAACUCAGGUCCUUUACCAGAAUCGGUUGUCGAAGCCAUUGAAAAGAACGACCUUGUUUGUUGUGGAGUUCUCUCAGGAAAUCGUAAUUUUGAGGGUCGAAUUCACCCCAACACCCGUGCAAAUUAUUUGGCUUCUCCACUUCUGGUCAUUGCAUAUGCCCUUGCUGGAAGAGUUGAUAUUGAUUUUCAGAAAGAACCUCUUGGUCACAGCGAGAGUGGUGAUGCUGUGUUCCUACGUGACAUUUGGCCUCAGCGUUCAGAGAUCCAAGCUGUUGAACAAGAGCAUGUGAUACCAGUUAUGUUCAAGGAAGUAUAUUCCCGCAUUACAACGGGAAAUGUCCGUUGGAACAAACUGGAAGCUCCUGAAGGCAUGCUCUACCCAUGGGACUCUAAAUCUACAUAUAUCAAGAGGCCCCCAUUUUUUGAUUCCAUGAAAAAGGAGUUGCCACCUAUUGAGAGCAUUAAGAAUGCUCAUGUUCUCCUUAAACUUGGGGAUUCAGUAACCACAGACCACAUAUCACCAGCUGGCUCUAUUGCUCGAAAUUCUCCUGCAGCCCGUUACCUGGCAUCUCGUGGUCUGACACCCCGUGAAUUUAAUUCCUAUGGCUCCCGAAGGGGCAACGAUGCUGUGAUGGCUCGUGGAACAUUUGCAAACAUCAGACUUAUAAACAAGCUGGUUGGAAAGUCUGGGCCAUACACCAUUCACAUACCAUCAGGAGAAGAGCUUGAUGUGUUUGAUGCUGCCGAGCGCUACCGUGAGGAAGGUCAUCCAGUCGUUAUCCUGGCAGGGAAAGAAUAUGGGUCAGGAUCAUCCAGAGACUGGGCUGCCAAAGGCCCCUUCCUCUUGGGUGUGCGUGCUGUGAUUGCUGAGUCGUAUGAGCGCAUCCAUCGUAGCAACCUUGUAGGAAUGGGCAUCAUUCCAAUGCAGUUCUUGGAGGGUGAGACAGCAGAAUCUUUGGAAAUUUCUGGGAAAGAAACCUUCACUAUUGAUCUUCCAGAGGACAUGAAGACAGGAAUGAUUGUACCCGUUCAUCUUAGUGAUGGACGUUCAUUUGAAACUGUUCUUCGGUUUGAUACUGAAGUGGAGCUGAUGUACUUUCGCCAUGGUGGUAUCCUCAACUACAUGAUUCGCAAAAUGAUUCAGUGAAGGGGAUUUUAUUACCAACCUGAAUUUAGAAACAUUCAUUAAAUGUUAAUAAACCAAAGUAGUUAACAUAAUGGGAUUUAAUGGUAGCUGAAAACAAAUAUCUGUACAUAUGUACUAUUUGCAUAGAUGAAACAAUAUUUUUAUUAUUACAGUAUUGUUAUACGAUACCUUGCACACUGAAGAAUAACAGCAGAGCAAAAUAAAAAAAAAGCUUGAGUGGUCCUAUUAGCCAAUACCACCAUUGAUUCUGGGUGUUUUCAUUUAUGAACAUUAUAUGCUUAGAUCAUAGUUUAAAUAGUUGCUAGUGGUUAGCCUUAAACUUUUGUUUUAUAUAUAUAUAUAUAUAUAUAUAUAUAUAUAUUCUUUUUUGUUAGGUUGGGUUAGUAAGGUUUUUUAAUGAGCAUAUCAAACCUUUAAAUAUUUAAACGAUUUGGCAAGAUUUUUCAUUGCAUGUAAAACUGUCAGAAAGUGUCUUCUUGAUGAGAUGAUAGAAAUUAUAUUCUGCAAGUUACUGACUGUACUUUCAGUACCAUAGUGUAAUACAUAUAUUUACAAUAAAGCAGAAAUGUUUAGAGACUCAAAAACACUUUCUUCUGUGUUUUUCAUUUGGCUUCACUUCCUGUACAAAGCCCAGAUGUCCCAAAAUUUUCAUGGGGGGGAUAAAAAGCGGAUCUUCCAUUUUGCACUUAUAAGCUAACAUUCAUGUUGUGCUGUCAAUAGGAAAUUCAUAACCCUACAUUUUUAUUGUGUAUGUAUGUAUGUGCUAUCCAAAGAUGUGGAAAUUUAUUGCAUUUUGCUCAGAAAAUAAUUACAGUUGUAAAAAUAAAUCUACCUUUAUGUGUGUCAUAACAUAGCUAAUUAAUUACUCAUUUUGAUUGCUGGGAUUUGUAUAAUCACAAAUAAUUUGGGAAUUUGAUUUAGAAGUUAUAUACCAAAAUAUUUUUAACAUUAAGGAUUGUUAGAACACUUGUCAUUUUUUUAUACAUUUCCAUAUCAAAUUGUUUCUGAAUAUAGUCCAUAUUAUAAAUUGAUAUUCAAUGUAAUCAAAUUAAUACAUGCCUGAAAAUUAGACAAAUAACACAUGGCAAAAGAGUUUGUUCUAGUGGUGCUCAGGGAAUGAUAAAGCAUAUAAUUAAUAACAUUCACAAAUGUUAAGUUGUACAACCCAUAUAGGUUUACUGCUUUUUUGCAAAAGUAAUAAUAUACCAGAAAAAUGUAUAUGCUAUAAACAUUAUAUAAUAUUACAUGUUUAUAGUAUAAUUUUUAUGUUCUUAUUGUGAAUAUACAAUAUAUUUGAUGUCUAACUAGUUUUUUUUUUUUUUCCAGAUAGACAGUUUCUGAAAUAUGACAAGAUAUUGCACAGGUUUAGCACAAAUUACUGCAGUAAAUUAUAGCUGAGGUAUUAAUCAUAUGUAAUUGUCCUUGAAAUUUGUAAAUCUUAAUUUUUUCUUUUAAUUGGUUUUGCAAAUAUUUUAAGAAUGCUAGUUACACUGAUAUUUAUGAUUAUAUCUUUUAUUAAAGUACUGUUUAGUGGUUAU